AUGGCGAUGACGCGCGCGGUGGCGCUGUCGCGCCCGGCGAGCGCCCCCGCGCCCCUCCGCGGUCGCGCCGCUCGCGACGCGACGCGCGUGCCCGUCGUCGGCGGCAGGCGCGCGGUUGUCUCGAUCAUCGCGUCGGCUCCCGCGCCGCGCUCGGUCCGGAGGGUGCUCGCCGAGCGCGCGGCCGCGCCGCGCGGCGAGCGCGCUGCGAUGUCGGCGGCGUCAUCCGCCGCCCCCGCGAGCGCGGGCGACACCGGCGAGACCGCCGCCAUCGUCAACGUCAUCAAGGCCAUCUUCGGUGCCGGCGGAUUCGCGUUGCCGUGGGCCUUCGCGCAGGGCGGCACCGUCCUCGUCACCGCGUGCCUCCUGUCGUCCUACUGGUUCGCCAUCAAGGCGCUCGAGAUGCUCGUCCAGUCCCAGGAGACCCUCAUCGCCGCGGGCAAGGCUACCCAGGCGGAGGUCCAGACCUACGCCGGCUUAACGCAGAAAGCCAUCGGUCCCGCGGGGGACGUCAUCUGCCGCGUCCUCAACGUAAUCACCUGCUUCGGCAUCACCGUCGGUUACAUGAUCUUCGUCGCGGACACGUGCAUCUCCAUGCUCCCCGCGGCACAGGCGGCGACGUACACCACCGCCAAGAUGCUCACGUACAACCUCCCGGUGUGGCUGUUCAUGGCGUGGCAGCGCUCCAUCGCGGGCGUUAACCUCAUCUCGCUUUUCGGCACCACCACCGUGGCGCUCUCGAUGAUCUGGGUGAUGAUCAGCGCCCUGCGCAACCCGCUGCAGCUCGCGGCGAUCCCGCUGGCGGACGUCUCCCAGUUUUCCGGCUUCUUCGGUACCGUCGCCUUCCUGUUCUUCAUCCACUUCACCCUCUUCUCGGUGCAGGAGGGGAUGCCGGAGAAGAAGUAUUUCCUCAGCGCGGCGAACAAGGCGUUCCUCAUCUCGAUGGCCAUCUCGCUGGUGUUUGGUCUCGUGGGCGCGGUCGGGUACGGCCGGGGCGUGAGCUCCGUCGUCGUCACCAUGCUCACCGGCGUCGCGGGCCUCGUCGUCAAGGGACUCCUCGCGCUCAACCUCUGGUCCACGUUUCCGCUCAUGGCGCGAUCGUCGCUCCUCAUCUGCGAAAACGUGGUGAGCCCGAAUAAGGAGGCGCCCCUCCCGGUGUCCCUCGCCGUGCGCACCGGCUUCGUCUCCCUGGCGGCGUACCUCGCGUGCAACGUCCCCAACUUUGGCGCGGUGUUGGGCCUCGUGGGCGGCGUGUGCUGCUGCGCCAUGUCGGUGUUUAUGCCGCCCAUCAUCCUGUACAAGUCGAAGGAGCUCUGCGGGACGCCCGCGGCGGGAAAAGAGAAGGGGAUGAUCGGGUUCGUGGCGCUCACCGGGUUCGUGUGCAUGAUCCUCUCCGUGGUGCUCUGA